AUGCAAUUGUCCGCUCUUCUCGCCCUCCUCCCCCUGGCCGCUGCGCUUCCUCAGGCCCGGGGACCUGCCCAGGCCAGCGCCGUGGAGAUCGACACCCGUGACAGCAACGAGUCUACGUGCUAUGCCGCGUAUGAUCGCUGUUGCCAUAUUUCAUUCAUCUAUCAGGGUGAGGCAAAAGCCCUAAUGGAGCAGUUUUGCAGGCCCGAAUGUAAAGAGGCUUUAGUUCAGUGCAAGGCCAACCAGACUGAAAAGCGCUCUGUUGAAGAGGCCCCUGUUGAAGCCCGUGACAUCAACGUGGAUAAGUGCUAUGCUAACUAUUUGGGCUGCCUUCUUGAUAACUGCCCUUUUCCUGAACUCGACGAGUUCGUACCCAAAGGUCCCUGCCAUUCUAAAUGCAAUCAGGAGUACGAGCAGUGCAAGGCAAACCAGACUGAGAAGCGCUCUGUUGAAGAGGCCCCUGUUGAAGCCCGUGACAGCGAUGAGGAUAGCUGCGAGGCCGCGUAUGGCCAUUGUUGCAACCCCCACGGCUAUACAGGUGAGGCGGAAGGCUUAUAUCUUACAUUCUGCUCUUCUCGAUGUAAAAACGCUCUUAAGGAGUGCAAGGCAAACCAGACUGAGAAGCGCUCCGUCGAGGAUACCCUCAUCCAAGCCCGUGACAACCACGCGGGGGACGUCACCAACUGCUACGGUGACCUGGCGGACUGCAAGCACAAGGGCGGCUCCGUCGAGAAGUGCUACGGUGCCCUUCGGGACUGCCUGUGGACCCUCUACUACAAGUCCUUUGCCUAA